AUGCGUGCCUUGGUGUGCUGCCAGCCCGAAAAUGCCACCACCCAGCCUGGCACCUCUUCUGAAAGCACCAGUGACCUCUCCAUCACCUCCUUCCUUGGCUGCAUCCUGGCUACCAUGUGCCUGGUUGGAGCGGUGGGAAACAUCUACACGCUGGUGGUCACCCCUGGCUCCUUGUACAUGUACACUGUCAGCCUGGCCCUGUCCAGUCUCCUGUACUUACCCACCGUCCCCUUCGUGGUCUGCACGUACUUUGUGCGGGACUGGUACUUCAGAGGCCUGGGCUGGAGGAUCCUCUUCAGCCUCCACCUCCUCACCAUGCACGCCAGCAUCUUCAUCCUCACCAGCAUGAGCCCUAAGCACUACCUGGCUGUCGUCAGCCCUCUGGACACCCUGCACAGGUCAAGGGACCACUGGCGGGUUGUCACCUGCCUGGGGUGGCUGGUGGCCUUCCUCCUCACUAUGAUCCUCAUCAACCUGCGCACCAGCCCUGGUGAUGGGGUGACCAAGCACAUACCAUCCCUGGCAGAUGGGGCAUACAAGGUGUAUCUCACUGUCCUCUUCAACACCUGCCUCCUCGCCCUGAGCCUCAUCAUCUGCUGCUUGUACCUCUACAGGAGGUCCCAGUGGGCUCUUGUACCGAGGAAACCAGCUGAUGUCCCGCCCAAAAGGUCCUGUGUAUGA